CAGCCCUCCCUCCUUCCCUCUCUCCCUCAGUCCGACAUAUGCUGAGCGGGCGAGCAGCCGCAGUCCCGCAGCAGCCCCGGCUGGAUUAAGUUAUAUAAGCCCUCCCCCGGCCCGCCUUGCGAGAGGGGAGGGGGCUGCCUUUCUCCUUCUCUCUCGCUGGCUUUGAUUGCCGCUCAGGUUGGCGGCGGGAGCGGGGCUGCGGCUGGCGCGAGGCCCAGGCCUCAGGCUUCGGGCUUCGGACUCGGGCCUCAGGGUUGCCAUGGUGACGAGCGGGAGGCGGCAGCAGCAGCAGCAACGGCGGGGUUGUCAUCCGUGAGGGAGAAGCGGGAGAAGGAAGGCAGGAGGGAAGGCGACGAGGCUCCUUCUCCGCCGCCUCCGCCAUGGACGACGGCGCCCCCGAGCCCACCACGGUGGGCGAGCAGCAGCCGCCUUCGGGGAAGCUGAACAAAACCGCCUUCAAGCUGUUCAAGCGGAGGAAAUCCGGCGGCGCCAUGCCAAGCAUCUUCGGCGUGAGGAGCAGCAAAGGCAAAGGCGACGGAGGAGGAGCAGGCGGAGAGAGAGCGGCGGUGGCGUCGCCUGUGCCUGCUCCCGCGGGGGGCCUGGUGAGGAGCAAGACCCACGACGGCCUGGCCGAGGUGGGCCUGGAGGGCGCCGCGAAGAAGGAGAAGGAGGCCGAGGAGGCGGAGGCCCCUGCGUCCCCGCCGUCCUCGUCCCCCUCCUCCUCGGCGGCGGUGGGCAAGUCGCACAGCUUCUUCUCCCUCCUGAGGAAAAACGGCGGAGGCGCCAAAGGAGAGAGGCCUAAAGGUCGAGGAGGAGGAGGAGGAGGGGGCCUCAAGGGCCUCUUCAACAGCAUGAGGUGGUCCAGGAGGGAGACCCACAAGCCUGUCGGAGGGAAGGGCGAGGGCGGAGAUGGCCCAGGCCUCAUGCCAGGCUCCCUCACUGCCAGCCUGGAGUGCAUCAAGGAGGAGGCGCCGCCACCACCCAAACAACCGUUGCCACCAUCCUCUGGAGAAGGUUCACCAAAAGCCUCCCCGUCUCUGCUGCUGGACUCUGAUGGAGACAAGGCUCCGGAGCUGGACGACACCUGGGAGCUGAUGCCCGCCUUGCUCAGCCCCCUGGGAGAGGACCUGCCUGGGAUGCUGGCCCAGGUGAAGAAGGGCAGCGGCCUGGAGUCACCGCCACCUUUGAGUGGACAGCAAGAGAAGCCCCAGGAGGAGGAGGAGGAGGAGGAGGAAAAGGCCGCUUCUGCCGCCAUAACAGGAUGUGGGGACAUUAUUGCGGACCACGAGGGCGACGCGGGUGGCGGUGGCGGUGUCAGCGGAGGAGGCGGCGGCAGCAGCAGCAGCGAGAAGAGCGUUCCUGGGGCCUCCAAAAAGCCUGUCAGCGUCGGCGGUGUGUUAACGUACCAAGGGGGUGGAGAGGAGAUGGCCAGCCCCGAGCAAGUGGGGGACACCUGUGCCCCGGAGUUCUGGGAUGUGUUGUCUCAGACAUCGAGAGGGAAAGAAUCCCCCAAGGCCUCCAAAGAGGUCAACGGUGCCAAAGGCGUGCAGGACGGAUCCGCGUCCGGGCAGCACGUCGGUUUCAACCACAGCCACAAAGAAGACCAGAAAAGCCGAGACAAGGAGCAGCAGGAAGCUAUCCCCAGCGGUGAUGAGGGCUAUUGGGAUUCCACCACACCUGGACCUGAGGAGGACACUACCAACAAUAUCCAGAAAGAGGUGAUUCCCAGGGAUAGCUACAGUGGGGAUGCUCUCUACGAUCUCUACACAGAACCAGAGGAAAACACAGCCACCACAACUUCGGCAGAAGACGUCGCCACUGGGACCUGUGGCAAACCACUGUCUCCAGUGACGACCACGUGUCCGGUCAAAACCCACACGACAUCACUCAAGGACUCCAAGAUACCCAUCAGUAUCAAGCAUUUUACAUCACCACACAGCAGCCAUGGCCCAGAUACCAGUAACAGCCAUCACAUUGCACACCAUCACCCAACCAAAAGUGAGAUCCCAAGAACAAAAAUACCCGUUUCUAAAGUGCUCGUACAGCGGGCCGGUUACCGAAGCUUAGCAGGGACAACAGGUAAAGCAGCCACAUAUCAUGAAAGUGCCAAAAAAUAGAAGGAGGUUACGAAGGAUCAUGCAAGUCUUUACAGAAACACAUUAUAGUAAGUGGUUUGGCAGCACCUAAAGGAAGAGAUCUACACGUGUCUUCUGUGAAUAUAAGGGACACAUGCUUCUGAAUUCCAUCUUCAUAUAUAGAGUAUAUAUGUGAUACUAGGUUCUUUUGGGCACUUUUUAAACAUUUGUAUCUUUCUCUGAAGCACUAAACCAUUUGGGAGACCACUUUUCCAUGCCUUUUGUGGAAGCAGGACUUUGGGAAUAUUAUCAAUAAUGCAAACAUGUGCCAUGAAUACUUCAACUCGAAUGGAGCUAUAAGAGAGAGGACCAAAAGCUUUCCUGCAUAUAUGAUGGGUUUUUUAAUUUUACUUUUGUUUUAAAUAUUUUUGGCCUAUACUGAAAAAUGAUGCCUGCUCUAAUAAUGUGCAAAAUUGUCAAGCAAAAUGAUAAUAAUUAUAAUAAUAAAGGCAACAACAGUAAAACACCAGGGAUUUAACCUGAGAUUUAAAUAGUACUAUCAACCAGCAAAAAAUUCAACUGGUGAAAGGUAGCAGAAUAAUGAGUUAGGUGGAUUUCUAUAAUAAGAUAUAUUUUUGUUUGUCUGUUUGUGUUGGAUCCGCCCUAAUGUAUGUGGUUAAUGAAGACAUCUAGUAAACUCUGAUGUUUACACCAGUAUUUUUCAGAUGCAGAAAAUAAUCAGGUUCAAAGGAAUAAUUUUCCUAAACACCACUAUAGAGACAUCUAUAAAAUUUUAUGCAUUAAAUUGUUCUUCAUGUAUUAAUAGAUGCAUAUGUUAAUUUUAGUGCUACUGUUUUUAUAUUAAAAUGUCUUUCUGUAUUUACUAGAGUUGAAGCAAAGUUAGUUUUUAUAGAUGGAUAAUUUUACAAUUCUAAAUUUAUGAACCUUUAAAAGUAGAGCAGAAUUUUAUAUGAGCUCUAACCCAGCAGGAUAAACAACUUGUUAAUCUUACAAAAGAUGCAUGCACAACUCCAAGGUUUUUCUAUCCUUUUGUAAACCCCAUGUUUUCAAGCAAAAAUAGAACACUUCUAUGUUUGAAAACAUGGGUUACUGCCUAAGGCUGCACAACCAUUGAAUACAUAUGUGUGUGUAUAUACAUGCAUAUAUUCCAAGAGAUUAAAUAUGUUUGGUGUAUUAAAAUUUAGUUUCCUGCUCCUCUUGAUUUAGUCUUAAAUGCUAUUUUAGUUUAGGAAAGAGAGGGAAAUUCACAAACUAUUGGUCCAAAACAUGGUUUUAUCACCAUGAAGGUAACAGACAUCUUAAUGGCCCUUGAAUAUAAGCAGUUCUACUGAAAUUUGAUUACUGUAUUGACAUUUUUUUUUCAGUGUGGCAGCAUCACAUGAUGUAACUAAAGUCCCAUUUUCAAUUUAAAUGGAAAAAGCCUCAUUGAGACCUAUGGAAUGACAGUGCUUAGAAAAAUCAAAAUAGAAAAACACUGGAGUAUUGUUUCAGUACAUCUGGAAAAUGGUUCAUAUUCCUUAUUAAAAUCAAAAUUUGAUCUUAAGAACUAUAUACUAUAUGAUCUAGAACAUCUUAAAUUUACUUAAAUCAGCUAAAUUUCACCUAGUUGAUAAUUUGUUUACUGUCACCUUUUUAUUAUGUAAUUGCAAGUAUACAAAAUAUACAUGUAAGAGUAUAUUUUGUAUAUACUAUUGCUGCAUGUCAAGAAAAAGUGAGAAUUGUAAUUUCGCCCAUAGAUAGGUUGUCUUUAUACCAUUGAUUUACACAGUAUUUGAGCAACCUGUAUAUGGGAUUUUAGAGAAGGACAGGCGCAUUUAUUUGCAAUGGUCAAGUUCCCAAAGAGCAACUUUAGGUACACCCAAGAACUUCCCAUAGGAUUUCCCCUUCUUUUGUACAAGUAUGGACAGCUGACAACCCUGCUCCACUCCCCAAAGGCUAUCAUAAAUUGCUUUUUAAAGAAGGUUCAUUUUUUUGCGUGACUUGCUUGUGAGGGGGUGAGAAACACAGCCAUCACCACACCCUUGGGCAUACCGGACUAGUUAAGUGGCUUUUUGAAUCUCAGCCAAGGCUGUUAUUCAAGUGGUCAAGUUCUAAAGAAUUUGGGAACUAGUUCUAUAAUGAUCCUAAGGGAUCUUUAGCCUUAUUUUCCCAAACAACAGCUUAUAUAUCACAUAAAAACUGCUUUUGAAAAUGGAGGUUCCAUUUCAAAAGUGAUAUGGCUGUUCAAAACAAAUGCUAAUUAGGCUAGAGAAUGUCUUUUCUAAGAGUAAGCAGAUAAUUUGGAUUCUAGUCAACAAUAUAUGUUGGUUGUGGCCAUCCAGAUACAGAUUAUGAUCCUCAAGCCAUUUGACUGUAGUGUAUAGUGGAAUAUUGUCUUUAAUGAUUUGUAGAUGCAUACAAGUUUGGGUCAUGUCUUCCAUUAUCAAAGAGGAGGGAAGCAAGAACCAGAUAGUCGUUUUUUACUCCAUGUACUGUAUUCUUUUCUGCUCUACUUAGACCCAGAAAGCUGUGUUACAGGAUGUUUCAUUUGGCAAUAAGUUUUAUUGUAAUCAGUCAGUCUCUCACAUACAACUUGUAUUUAGAACCACAGUUUUAAUGCACCCAUAACAGUGGUUUAUUCUAUAUACUUUUCAGAAUGUAUUUUUCAGUGGUUGCAUGUGCACCCUUUCACACAAAUAUAUUCUAUACAGGCAUGUGUAUUCCUAUGAACACAUAUUUUACAUGACACAUUUUAGUAAUGUGGUAAAGGGCACAUAUACUUCCAUAGACAGAAUAAAAGAUUCAGGGUACAUACAGCAAAUCUUGUGAAAUUGUUUUGACAAAUUACUUAUCUUUGCCAAAAAAAAAAAAGGAUUUACUUUUGACCUAAUUUUGCUUGGGUUUUGUUUUCUAAAAGAUUUAAGAUGGAGAAGGUAAUUGGCUCAUACUCCUUUAGUCCCUUCCUUUGAAGAUUGUGAAACUACAUCAGGCAAAAUGUCUUUCCUUUUGUAGCUGCAAUAAUGUGCAAAGAGAAUUUUGAUAAUUUGUGGAUAAUGAUUUAAAGCCUAAGCAUAUAACAGUUAUUCUCAAUUUCACAUCAGUGAAGGUCAUGCUCUCUGUGUGCAUGGUAUUUAUGCAGAACCAUUGAAAUAUUGCUUGUAUUGCUUCGAAGGAGAAAUUAGAUAAAGGAGCUAUGCAGGGUGUUGAAAGCUGAGCUGGAAAGAGAAUGUUGUGAUGGGCAGAGAUACUGAAUUACAGACCAUGAUUCAAGAGACCUUAUUUUUCUUGUAAUUUUCCUCACAAAUGUUUUGCUUAUCUGUAGUCUUCAUGGAUGCAGAAACAUUACUUCUAGGCAUAGAGAAGGUUCCUUUUGCAUUUAUGACCAAAAUACAAUUAUUUUUUAUUUAUUUUGUUUCCUUGCUCUUUUAGUUUUCAUCUUGCUCAUAUUCUUCAGAAAGCCGAAAAAGCACACUAAGGUGUAAUUCAUUACAACCAUAUUUUUCAUAAGUAAUAGAACCAAUGUUAAUGUCAGUACAUAUUUAGCAACACCUGUUCAAGUGUUUUGCAUAAUACAACGAUUGUGUGACCAGAAAUGCUCACAUGAUUUUUCUGAUAAUCACGAGCUGUUUUGUGCACAACUAACUAGCAGUAGUAGUUGUGUUUUGUUUGGGAAGCAUAUACACUGGUUGCAGCCUUACACACUAAUGGUGUUCCAGUGGUUUUAGUCUUGUGAUAUCACAACAGAGUUAAAUCUUUUUAAUGUAUGCCUUUGGAAAUAUAUUCAUGAUAAUAAACAGGAGAUGGAAAGUACCAAGGUUGCUGUACUUUUAACACAUAUAAGUGAAAUUGCUGAUUUCUGCAAGGAGUUAAAGAAGGAGUUGGUUUGUGACUCAAAGUGUUAAGGAAGUGGGAAGCGAGCAGUUUGUGGUUGCAUUUGUGGUUGUGAAUUGCAUUAUAGGGUCAGUGUAGACCCAUAUGAUGCAGCUGAACUGCCUUAUUUGGAUUUACACUAACUAUUUAAAGCAGUUCAAACUGAUCCAACCUGUAGCUAUCCGUUGAUACCACCUAGUAAGGCAGCAGUUCAUUUGUCUGCUAGCAAUGUUAAUAUGUUGUUGACAAUCACAUUUUGAAAAGAAAAGAGGAAACACAACUUGAAGUAAUGUGUUUUGUCAACUUUGGCUAUUAUUCUUAACCACAAAAGCAUUGGAUAUGGAUUGAUUCAUGUAAAAAAAUUGUUGGCAAGGAUGAUUCUGCAUUUUGAAGACAUAGUUGACAUGUUAGGCACUCAGAGUACAUUCACUGGGUAUGUGUGAAUGAAAACAAGCUUUGUGAGAACGAAGUUUUAUACCUGUCUGUCUUCCCCAAAUCUUAGAAUUCACUUGGCUGUUUCCAGAUCUGGCAGUCUGAAGAACAUUCAGGCACCAGUAAUAGAUGAAAUCCAGUUCUCCAAGUUACUUUGGUUUAAGAGAAGCAGCAGAAAGGUCUUCUCAGAGCUGCAAAAUACAAUAUGUGGAAGUGGCACAUUAUUCCAAUGACAUGUGUACCAGUGUUGCCUCUUUGUGCAAUGUGUGCCCUUCAUGCAAAUUCCAGUAUUUCAUCAUGUGCCCAUAUUUUGCCCCAUCAGCAGAGUUAUGUGCAUUCUACAUAAUACAACAGACUAGUGUUUUAAAAAAUGGCCCCAAAUCAUUCACAAAAUACUUACUUUGUGCAGUACACUGUUAUUACCUAUUUACUUAGAAGCAAGUCCUAUUCCUCAGGGCUCUUACAGGCAGUUGUGCACAGAAUUACAGCCUUAAGUGGCUGAUUAUUUUGAAUUCUUAAAUUCUGCAGUAUAUUCUGCAGUUAAUUUUUGCCAGGAUGUUUUUAUUUUUAAUAUGAAGAUUAUAUUUGUAUGUUAGAAAAUAUAAACAGUGCCUAAGGCAAUGCACUGAACAACAAAAAUUCAGGCACUAUGAUAGGUUAGUGAUUGAGAAAAAUGGUAAACUAUUGGAAUUCAAAGAAUGAAGCAUGAAAGGUUACCAUCCUGAUGGCAUUUUAUAGAGAUGUGCAUUUUAAUCUCUAGAUAUUUCUGUACUUCUACAGCCUUGAUAGGCAGAAAUGAUCUUCCAGGUCCCAAAGAUGCUGUAUUCUUUAAUAAUGAAGUCAUUAUUUUUAUUCUUUAAAGAAGGCUUUAUUUGUGUAGAAUUCUGCUUGGGAUGAUCUCUUGUAAAUUGUUACCCUGUAUAUAAUAUGUAAAGAGUAUGUUAGAUCAGGUAUUUGGCAUUUUAUACUCUUUUGCACUUGCAGGUCACCUUGUACAUUUAUAUGUUGUUAGAAUAUAUUAUGUAAUAACGUAUGGUUCAAGUAUUUUGUGUGGCAUAUGUUUUUUAAAUGACAUCUUUACCCAUUAUAAUGGUAUAUGAGCUGUUCUUUGUGAUCUUACUUUGCUCCCAUAGCUGUAAAGUUUGUUGCUCCAUAGGUGUGGCCUGCCUCUGAGACAAAGACUUUAUUCUCAUCUCAGUGCGCGUGCAUUUUCCUCAUUGGCAGGAGUCCACAAUCCACUUAUUCUGGUGCAAUUCAGAUUACUUUAGCCUGGGAUAAAUGGCAUGUGAACUGCAGCCAUUAGGAAUCAUAAGUGGAAAAAAAGCACAUGCAGGGGAUUUAAGACAGGCCUUGCUGUUAUGAGGCAAGCACAUAAUCAUUGUUAUCGAAGAGGUGAACUGAUUGUUCUGUAAACAUCCCUGCCCUGAUAUCUUUAGCUUAGCAAAAGGAGAGACUCUAGAUUUCUGAUCAUAAGCACAUCCUAAGAAGAUUCCUUCCGUGGUUAAUUUUUCAUGGCCUCUACUGAAUUAUUUAUCUAGACUAAAACGAUACUGCACCAAAGUCUUUGAAAUGUCUAAUUCUAAGGGCAAUUUGAGCAUAGUGCUUCUAUUCUAGAGAAGCCAAAUUGCCAAAACUAUAACUUAGUUUGGAAGUUUAUGGGACAUCCAGGUUCAAAGGAAGCCUAUUGUCCUUUUGAGCAGCAUUUCCAAGAAGAUAAUUUUGUUUAGAUGGUGGCAUGAAUGCGGCAAUUUGAUCAUACACUUGGUUUAGAAAUUAGACAUUUGUUCAACAGCAAAAAAAUGUUUUUUAAGGAAAUGGUACUAUAAGUAAUUUUUUAUUGUUAUUUCUGUGAAAUUCUGUUGCUCUUUCUUUAUAUGAGUAAAAAUAGUAUAUGAAAGUUGGAGGAAAAAUUGUAGAUUGACAUAUUUUGUGCAGUGCGUAGCGACAAUAUAUUCCACACCUAUUUAAAAACCAUUCAUUUGCCCACAUAUAAUAACAUUACCUUUUUAGAUAGCAGGGGAUAAUGCAGAUGCGUUGUUAGAAUAAUCUAAGAAUGGAUUCUGCUCAUUUUAUUGUCACUCAUUAUAGUGUAAUGCCAUAAUUAAAAUCCUGAAUUAGUCAAUUCAUGUCUCCUAAGAUGUAACGAUUUCAUAUUAAACAAAAACAAGAACCAAUUCCAUUACAAAAAAGUAGCCAUGUAGGAAGCUGAUGGGAGCCACAACAUAGAGGAUAGUAGCUCUUUGCUUCUAUGUUACAGAUGCAUUCUACCUGGCUAUACCUUGAAACUGAUUCUACUGUUGAGGGGGAUUUUUAACGUGAAUUGCUUAAACCCAUAAAUUAUCCUAUUUACAGCAGACAGUCUAUUUCAGCAGGAGGCAUUUGGAUUCUGAGAAUUGCUUCAAAGAGUGGGGAUUUCAUGAUUCCAAUCCGACCACCUCCUCCCCCCCCCAGCUUCUUCCAAAAUAAAAAUGCAAAUCUCUCACAUGUGUAGUUGGAUUUUGGUAGUUGUGCUGUUGUGUGGGUGUGAAACAAAUAAGCCUUGUCUCCACUCUCUUGGCUGAAAUAGCCUGAGAAAACACCCAGUCUUUCCAAAGAAUCCAAUCUGAGGGUUGCUUCAAAUGCCAUGUGCUUUGGGUCAUACUUUCUAGACUGACGUGUUGAAAAAUACAUCUUUUAUGGUAUAAGCACAGCCAGAGAGCCAGGGCUGUUUCACAAGUGUACAUUUAGGGCCUUUCCACAAGCCAUAUAACACAGAAUAUCAAAGCAGAUAAUCAAUAUCUGCUUUGAACUGGAUUAUCUGAGUCCACACUGCCAUAUAAUCUAGUUCCAUGUGGAUUUUAUACAGCUGUGUGGAAGGGGCCUUAGCGUCAAAUAUGAUCUUGUAUAACACCUUGGUAGUGGAAGUUGUUGUGUAUAAUAAUAGGCAGAACACGAGGUGUCCUGGCUUCAUGGUAGGAAUAGUAAGGGUAAAUCUGAACCCACUGAUUUUAGAGAAAUCCCUUUUGUGAUAGUCUUAAGUUCAUCUAUUCCUUUUUAGCCUUUAGUUUUACUUUAGCUUGAAAGCGUUACUGUGUUACCUAGCACUUUCACAGAACCUUCUAGAGCUGAUUGGGUUUAAAACCAUCUUUUUCUCCUAAUUUAUGUUGCUAAGACAACAUCAGAUUAAAAGAAGAGAUGUAAGGUAUUCUUAAAUCGCUGAAGUCAAGUACAGUAGAGUCUCACUUAUCCAACAUAAACAGGCCGGCAGAACGUUGGAUUAGCGAAUAUGUUGGAUAAUAAGGAGAGAUUAAGGAAAAGCCUAUUAAACAUCAAAUUAGGUUAUGAUUUUACAAAUUAAGCACUAAAACAUGUUUAACAACAAAUUUGACAGAAAAGGUAGUUCAAUACGUAGUAAUGCUAUGUAGUAAUUACUGUAUUUACGAAUUUAGCACCAAAAUAUCACGAUGUAUUGAAAACAUUGACUACAACAAUGCGUUGGAUAAUCCAGAACGUUGGAUAAGCGGGUGUUGGAUAAGUGAGACUCUACUGUACUGUAUGGUAUAAGAAAACCAGGUUAACUGGUAGUAGAAGUGAGAAGAAGCAAGUGCAGAGGACUGGGAUAUCGGCAGUCUGGUAUUUUACUCAUAAUCAUCCUUAAGGUUAGAUUUUUAAAAACCCCAGAUGAUAAUGACCUUUUAUUGUGGGUAUUAACGUAUUAUAAAAUGGUGCUAAAAGUGGACUUCAGAGUAUUGGGGGGAAGGGAAACCACAUGGGAGUCUCAAUAAAACAAAUAACCAUUUUAUUUUGUCAUUGGUGCCAACUUUUAAUGCAGUUGAUUAAGAUUGCAGUAGUGAUGAUAUAAGCUUGCUUUUUGCAGUCCCUGACUCGGCGUACCCCAGGAAACCCCAUCUGUUUGAAUGAGACUAAGCUGAAAAACAUGCAGUAUCUUGUGAUCUUACCAUCUAUACAUCUUUGUUAUAUUUCUGACUUUCUGUGUGGGUAUUUUGUAUAAUAAACUGUGAACAGCACCUGUUAGUAUUUCCAGCUUGCAGUGGAGUUUAUAUGUAAAAGGAAUUAUUGGUUGUUUAUGUUCCAUCAGCACAGACUUCUUCCUCUAUAUAUAGACUAGUAAGCUUUGAGCAUUCUAUGUUGGUGCCUUCUUCAAGAGACAUCUUUCUGUUAAUAGAUUCUGCUUGUUGUUUUACUUUAGUCUCCUUCCAGCACCAGCUGAGCAUUUUAAAGGUCUCUCUUUCCCAUUCUGCCAUGCUGUGUUUUCUCAUUGCCAGCAGUGUAGACUCCAUACACAUCCCUCUUGCUCCACUGCCAGUAAUGAUUACAUCCCGCUUAUCCUUCAUCCAAUUUGUUCUCUAUCAACAGUGUUUUCUCUGUGCUCAUCCCGGUUCACCCCAUGCAAAAUGUAUUUUCCAGGAACAUUUUUCCUUCCUCCCCUCCCCUUGCCAAAUAUGUGUUUUCUUUCGGCAGCCUAAGUACACUGCAGGCUGUACUUGCACUGGCUUUGCGCAUGUCACAUUGCAUCAGUAGUGUUUCUUUCAAUGAACAUCCUCAUCCGUGGAUUUUUAUGAGCAAUUCACUCCAUUUUGCUACCUCAUUGUUGGAAAUAUGCUCCUCUUUCCUUUCUCCAAAACAGCUGAAAUCUAUUAACCUUCCACAAAUGAUGUAUGGCUCUUUUUUAUUAUUGCUAUUGAAGAAUUCACUAGUAAAUAAUGCAGUGGUUAGAUGAUUCCUUUUUGUAUAGGAUGUAAUGUCUGUGUAUUGUAAAGAGCUUUUUUUUUUCUUUUUUCUUUUUGCAGUAUACGGUAGAAAGUGCUGUCGGCUUAUGUUUGAUUUAUCUCAAUACAUAAAUAUCCAAAGUGUACAAAUUACAGUGGCUGUCAGGGAAUAAGGAAGAUAGAAUUUGUCCUUUAAUGAUCUAAUUGUUCUGAUUGACGCUAAUGCGGUCAGUGCUUUAGGGCACGCACUCGGCAUCACUUAAUACAAAAUGGUUCUUACCUUAAUAAGCUUUAGCCAUUCUUUUAUGUACAGCAUCAAGGUAGUUAGUCAAUAUUAAAAGAUCACUCCACCCCAUUGCUUUCACUAUCUGUGCAUAGAUGGUAUGCAUUUGAACUAACAGGUGAUAUAAAACCAGAAACUCAUAAUUUUGCUGGAGUAAUUCAUCUCAAAUGAAAGGUUUGGUUUUGCAUAUGUGUCACAGAAGCUGAAAUGCAGAAACUUUCAUACUAAAAAGACUGACACUAAUGAAAAUCGAAUCUACAGUCUUCUAAUCAACAGCUCCACUUAGUUUUGAAGCUUUGUUUCACUGUUAAACAGACAUUUACACUGUUUUGUAUGCUGUUGUGAUGCUAUUUUUCUUCCUGAUCAAAAUGCCAAUCACGUCUUUCUCUCUUUUUGUUGUUUUUCCGUUUUAACAAGCAACCCAAUUCCAGGACUUAACCCUGGUGUUUAGCAUGUGCAAUUUGAAGCAAACACAAUCAUUGGCAUUCUUAAUUUAGCUUGUGAUGGCAGAAAUGGGAUCUGAUCCUUAGAAGUACAGUGAAUUCUAUGUGCUGUCUACUGUGCUUCUGCCUGCCCUCAUUUUGUAAUCUGUGAAAAAAAUUGUUUUUUUUCUCCUUUUUAACAUUAAUUGCUGUUCUUUAGCAAAUUGAUGGUGUUGGUUUAAGACUGUAAACAAGACCAACACCAUCACCACCCUAUUAUUAUUAUUAUUAUUAUUAUUAUUAUUAUUAUUAUUAUUAUUAUUAUUAAUGUUGGUCUGUGUUACAUUAAAGAAAUCACCACUGAAGAAUCAAA